UUAUUUUUUUUUCCUGACAGGAAAUGACCUAGAGGCCUUACAAAUACAUUUGUGCAUUCUUGUUCAGGCUUUACAAUUGAGGGCAAACUCAAUCUGGAAGCACCACUUAUUAAGGUUACAACAGAAACAACUACCUCAACAAACAGAAGGAAGGGAGGCAAAGGCUUGCAAUAAUAAACACUAAAUUUUUAAUAACUUGUCCUUGCAAAGUCUUCAGAAAGCAAGACAGAUUUUUUUUUAACCUUUCAGUAUUACGAAGAGACACUACAAGUAAACUGAUUUGACAGACUGGAUCUGUCCAGACGAUACCUUGAAGAUAUUUGAUCUGCUGACAUAGGUCUUGCUUUUUCAAGGGAAGAGCCUCUGCACUGCUUUAUAAUCACUGUUGAUCAGUGGUUUUGUUCCACUUCUUUCUUGGUAUUACUAACAAAAGAUGAUUUACAUUGACAAAAAUAACUUUUAUAAACUUUAACAUCAGGUCUCAACAACAUGCUGUCAAAGAAAUUGUAAGAGAGAAAUCUUUUUCUGCUCCUCAGUUGCAUCUAGUGUGUAGAGGAGAUUACCAACCCAGAGACAGCGUUUCUGAGAUUCUUCAACUUGCUUUUUGAGGACGGUUUGUAACUGCAGCAGGGCUGCACUGAACAUUGAAAAUACUAAGUCAGCAAAUCUGCUGCCUUUCUCACUGCUGAUACAGAUUAUACAGACGCUUGCCUUUUUGAAAUGCCUUUUAUGAAACCUGCAUACGCAGUCCUCCACUAUUACUACACGUAACUACGUUUUGAGGAAGAAAUCUGACAACAGGUUGUUAAUUCAAGAGUUUUUUGGACAACUACUCACUUAUGUAUUGCUGUAGUGCGCAGGAAAGUAAAAUGGACUAUAAGCGGCGCUUUUUGCUUGGCGGGUCCAAGCAAAAAGUGCAGCAACACCAGCAGUAUCAAAUGCCUGAGCUAGGCAGGACCCUGAGCGCACCGCUGACAUCUACUACCCCAGCAUCCCCUUUGGUCCCCUCAGCUGCUGCAGGCAGCUGCAACCAUCCUGUGUCCCAUACUACUCCAAUUGCAGACAUCCAGCAGGGAAUCUCCAAGUACCUGGAUGCACUCAAUGUGUUUUGCCGUGCGAGCACUUUCCUUACAGACCUUUUCAGCAGUGUAUUUAGGAACUCGCACUAUUCUAAGGCAGCUAUGCAACUGAAAGACGUGCAGGAACAUGUCAUGGAAGCAGCAAGUCGACUCACAGCAGCAAUAAAACCAGAAAUAGCAAAAAUGCUGAUGGAACUCAGCGCUGGAGCUGCAAACUUCAAAGAUCAGAAGGAAUUCAGCCUACAGGACAUUGAGGUUCUUGGUCGAUGUUUCUUGACAGUGAUGCAGGUUCACUUCCAGUUCUUGUCCCAAGCCUUGCAGAAGGUCCAGCCAGUGGCACACUCUUGUUUUGCUGAAGCUGUUUCCCAAGAAAGAAAGAAUGCGAGUGGGGCUGGGACCUCCAGUUUGAGCCCUACAACUGAGCUAGAGGAUGCAGUACGAUCAUGGAGAGGAGCAGCAGAGGCCACAUCUCGACUGCGAGAAAGAGGCGGUGAUGGGUGUUUGGCUGGAAUUGAGGUUCAGCAGCUCUUCUGCUCACAAAGUGUGGCAAUCCCCGAACAUCAACUGAAAGAACUGAACAUGAAAAUUGACAGUGCUUUGCAGGCUUACAAAAUUGCUUUGGAGAGUUUAGGCCAUUGUGAAUAUGCAAUGAAGGCUGGCUUUCACUUAAAUCCAAAAGCUAUUGAAGCAAGUUUGCAGGGCUGUUGUAGUGAAGCUGAAGCACAGCAAACAGGAAGGAGACAAACCCCACCUCAGCCAAUUCAGUGUGAACUCCCGACUGUACCUGUUCAGAUAGGAUCCCAGUUUCUGAAAGGCAUAUCCUUUAAUGAGUCUGCAGCAGAGAACCUGAAGCUGAAAACGCAUACAAUGCUUCAACUGAUUAAAGAGGCUGGUUGCCAUAAUGGACUUACACCACAUGAUGAUGCUCCUGUUACUGAAGUACUAAAUCAGGUUUGCCCUUCUACUUGGCGGGGAGCCUGCAAAACUGCUGUGCAGCUAUUAUUUGGCCAAGCUGGACUGGUGGUUGUGGACACAGCGCAGAUUGAAAAUAAAGAAGCAUAUGCUCCUCAGAUUAGUUUGGAAGGAUCCAGAAUUGUUGUGCAAGUUCCAUCAACGUGGUGUCUGAAAGAAGAUCCAGCAACGAUGUCAUUAUUACAGAGGAGUCUGGAUCCAGAAAAGACUUUGGGACUGGUAGAUGUGCUCUAUACUGCUGUGUUUGACAUAAACAGGUGGAAAGAAGGAAGGGAACAAGCUUUGCCUUGUAUUCAGAUCCAAUUGCAGCGGGAGAUCUCGGACUUUGGGAAUCAAGUUGACAUGCCAUCAGGAAAUGGAAGCAAAUCAUCAGGAGGCCUGCAAAAGACUUUUUCAAAACUGACUUCACGGUUUACAAAGAAAACUUCCUGCGCCAGUUCAAGUAACAGUGGAAGUUAUUCUAUUCCCAGUACGCCUUCCAAAAAUAUCUUUACAGGUAGCAACUCAGAGGAGAAAGUGAAAAUGCCCAGUCACAUGGACACACGGUUACAAAGCAUUUUGAACAUUGGUAAUUUCCCCAGAACAAUAGAUACAUUACAGCCACCUCAGAGCACAAGUAGUCAGAUAGUUAAUGGAUUUCUUGUUGAAAGACAUGAUAAUUUUUUCAAAGCAGAUGAUAGCAAGGAUGACAAAGGUAUGAAUUUACCCACUGACCAGGAAAUGCAGGAUGUUAUAGACUUCCUGUCUCGUUUUAACAUGGGCAAAUCGCAGCAGACUUCUCCAUUGGUGAAAAGAAGGAACUCUGUUGCUUCUUCUCCAGCAACAGAACAAAAAUCAGGAGCUGUUCAGCAGCAACUGCAGUCUGUGUCUCAUGUGUCUCUGCAUCCAUCGCAGCAAGGGUUGUCACAGCAACAGCAGUCUCAAAAGCAGCAGCAACAACAGAUGCAGUACUACCAACAUCUGCUCCAACCUAUUGGGCCACAGCAACAGCGUGUACCUGGCAAGUGGCUAAGUAAUACUUCACAACAGCCAGCACAGGCUGUUGGGGCUGGAUUGUCUCAUAUUAACCAAUGGAACAAUCAUGGCUUUUCGGAUUUGAGCUCUGAUUUGUACAGCUUGGGUCUUGUGAGCACCUAUAUGGACAAUAUGAUGACAGAGAUGUUAGGACAGAAACCUCAAGGACCGAGAAAUAACACGUGGCCAAACCGUGACCAAAGUGAUGGAGUCUUUGGGAUGCUGGGAGAAAUUCUGCCUUUUGAUCCUGCAGUUGGCUCCGACCCAGAGUUCGCCCGUUAUGUAGCUGGGGUCAGCCAAGCUAUGCAACAGAAAAGGCAAGCACAGCACGUUCGUCGCCCAAGCAACACACGUAGCAACUGGCUUCUUCCUGAUGAUCCUCACAGAACCUGGCCUUUUCCUGAGUAUUUCACAGAAGGCGAUGUAACAAACAGCUGGUCUGGUACUCAAGGAGACUCUGCCAGUUCAAGCGAUGAGACCUCCUCAGCUAACGGAGACAGUCUCUUUUCCAUGUUCUCAGGGCCAGACCUUAUUGCUGCAGUCAAGCAGAGAAGAAAACACAGUAGUGGUGAGCAGGAACCCAGCACGCUACCAUCACCACCUCUUCUUUCUGCAGUAGAUGACCGUAAUCAGGAUAAUAAAACCAAAACCUGGCCCCCUAAGGCUCCUUGGCAGCAUACUUCACCUGUCACAAAUACACUGCCCAGUCAGAGUACGUCACUGUAUCAGAUGAGCAACCCCGUUAGCCAAUGGAAUGACACGAUGCAGAUUCUACAGUCACCAGUUUGGUCAACAGCCAAUGACUGUGCUCCAUCAACAGGGAUUUCCUCCAGUUUUGCCUAUGCCCAGCAACAACAAUCGUCACAGCAGCAGGCUUCCCAGCACAAACAGCUAAAUAAGGGCUUUAAAUCUUUUCCAGUAAAGCACGAACGCAGACCAUCUUACCUGCAUCAAUACUAAUUGCUUCUCACAUUGGAAAGAUGCAGCAUAGGGCCAAACAGUCUUAUAAAUGAUGUAUAUUAUCUGUUUCACAGUUCUGUGUACUGGCUGUGUUCUGGUUAUUUUAUUUUGAAAUGUAGAGUGAAUUUUUUUGGUGACAUACAUAACCUUUUGACUUAUUUUACAGUGCUGAAUAAACAGGGCCAAUAUAUGUGUUAUAUGUACAUGAAAAAGUCCAAUACUGUGAUGUAGAAAUGCUUUUAAAAACUUGUGUAUAUUGCAGUUACUUUCAAAAUCCUUUUUUAAAAAAUACUGAAAGACUACCAUAAAGCACUGUAUUUUAUAGCUAUUUUCAUAUAGAUUUAUAUAGGUAAACAUCUCUUGCUAAAAUGCAUUGAAUAUUUUUUAGCAAAUAUAUUGGUCAAUUCUGCUCAGCACUGUUAUUUAGAUUUCUAAUAGACAAGUUGUAAAGUCUUCAUACUCUGAGUAAACAGCCUGUGAUGACUUUUUUAACAAAGUAAGGCAGCAGCUUUUAAUGUACCACACAAGUGGGUGUACGACAACAGUGUUGGAAAGACACUGGGUUUGUGGUAAUUUCGUAAUAUAAGUAUAGAUCAGCUAGAACCACUCAAAUUCAUCACGAAAACUGUCUUGGCUGCCUAAGGUGUAAGGUAUUUGUGUGGGUCAGAUUAUGUUGAUUUUCACAUAUACGAUUUAAAAAUACUUCAUGUGGCCAAAGGCAUUAUCCACACAGUGCUCCUUAAAUGUGCAGAAGUACAGCUUAAAAGACUACUUGCAUAUAUUUAAAGUCUUAUUUCAAUGCUAUGGUUAGAGUGAAAAUUGUGAGCUGGCUCAGAAGAAACUAGAACUAA